AAAUUCUUGUCAUGAAAUAGCUAUUUUUUUGUCUAUGCGUUUUUUCCUCUUUGAUUGUGGGCGGCCUUUUCCUGCAUGGAAGGUUCAUACAAAAAGGAGGAAUCGUCUACAUCAAAAGAAAAUGAAUGAAUUAGUGUUUGUCAUGUGCAACUUAAAAUUGAAAGACGAACAAGUGAGGAAGAAAGUUGAGUUAGAUGAUAUCUCUUCAGAUGACGAAUGGCUAGCCGAUUCCCAAACAAAUGAAGAAUUAAUAGAUCCUGAAAGCGAAGAUGACAUAGAAGAUGAUUUUGUAGAAGAUGACAAAGAAGAUGAAUUGGAGAACAACAAUUCAUUGGAGACCACUUUUGUUAACGAUGAAGAUGAUGAGGAAAAUCAAGAUAUAGAAGCCGAAGAAAAUGAUGAUAUGAAAGAUGAUUUUUGAGUUGUUAUUUUGAUUUUUUUUACCGUAUGCAAUUAUUGUUAGCCUUUAAAUUAUAUUAUGAACUAUUAAGUAUUAAGUACUUCAUAUUUGAAAUUUUAAAUAUUUCAUUUUAAACUUAUUUCAUCAAUGAAACAAACUUAACAAU